UUUUCCAAGCAGAUGUUAUCGCUAAGCUAGCUUUUGCGCGUGAAGACUAAAUUCUUCUCUUCAAUACUGUGGAAACUGUACCUUCAACACUGCUUACUUUUGUUUUUGUUUUUCCAUUUUUUCUACGUUUUGAAGAUGACUGUUAAUAGUACAAGCAUCUUCACGGAGUCAAGUCGAUGGCCCCUAUAUGCAUUCGUAGAUUCGUGUUGGUUUCCACUUAGAUUCCAAUCCUCUAACUACAAAAUGGAGGAUCUUGGCUUCUUAUUGACUUGCUUAAGCUCAUCCUGGCUUCAUCAGGCACAAACACCGAAAAAAAUCAGAAAAGAAAAAUGCUUUCAGGGCUACUGAACUCAUUUCUUUGGUUCUUGGGCAUUCCUUUGUUCAUCAACUACAUAGAAGCCACCACUGUAACUGCCACUUUUGGCUUCACAAAUCAGACAGACCAGGAAGCUUUGCUUGCGUUUAAGGAUCUUAUAUCAGAGGAUCCUUUCAAUAGUUUAAGCUCAUGGAACAACUCACUGCAGUUCUGCAGUUGGCAAGGAGUUACAUGCGGUCGCAGACAUCGAAGAGUGACUUCCCUGAAUCUGUCUUCACUUGAACUGGCAGGUUCACUAUCUCCCCAUAUUGGGAAUCUUACAUUCCUCAGGGUGAUUGAUCUCAGUAGAAACAGAUUCCAUCAUAUUUUUCCACCAGAAGUUGGUCAAUUGUUUCGAUUGAGAUAUCUUUCUCUAGCAAAUAACUCCUUCCAAGGUGAACUUCCUUCCACCUUGGGUAUUUGUUCAAACCUCAUAUUCCUGAAUCUAUAUGGAAACAAUUUUAGAGGGAAAAUUCCUAGUGCACUCGGCUCUUUGUCUAGGCUCCGCAGGUUGAGCCUCGCCAGCAAUCAUUUCACAGGCGCAAUCCCACCUUCAUUUGGGAACCUCUCCAGUAUGCAGCGUGCAAGUCUACAAUUGAACAAUCUGGAAGGAAUCAUUCCUGCUGAACUUGGACGACUCUCAGCCUUAGAUUUGCUAAGUUUGUAUUCCAACAAAUUGUCUGGUAUGGUUCCUGAACAGCUUUACAAUAUCUCAUCCAUCAAUUUGCUUACCGUUGCGGACAACCAUUUAACAGGUCGCCUCCCGCAUGAUAUAGGCUUAACCCUACCCAAGAUGCAAACUCUUUAUCUUGGAACAAACCAAUUCUUUGGUCAUAUUCCAAAAUCUAUAGUCAAUUUCUCAAGCCUCAUAGAUAUUGAUUUAGCAUAUAAUUCCUUAACGGGGCCUGUUCCAAAUAAUUUGGGAAACCUGCAAAAUCUUGAAACAAUAAACUUUGGCGGCAAUCGGCUUGGGGAUGAGAAUACGAGUGAUUUAACCUUUCUUACCUCCUUAACCAAUUGCACCAAUUUAAGAGAGGUGAGGUUUUUUGAAAAUCACCUUAGAGGCGUAUUGCCAAUCUCUAUUGCAAAUCUCUCUACCAACCUCUAUUGGUUAACACUGGGGACUAACUACAUAACUGGAGACAUUCCUGUAGAGAUUGAAAAUCUUAAGAACCUGGAGUAUCUUGGAUUUGAUGGAAACAUGCUUACAGGAAGAUUACCUGAUUCUAUUGGAAAACUUUCCAAGUUGCAAGAGCUUCAUAUUUACACCAACAAAAUCUCAGGAAAUAUUCCAUCCUCCUUCGGAAACCUUUCUGGAAUACUUCGUCUCAGUCUAGCAGACAAUUUUCUUGAGGGAACUAUACCGGUUUCUCUGGCAAAUUACAGUCAACUAGAAGUGUUGGACCUUUCAUACAAUCAUCUUAGUGGUGUGAUACCUGAGAAACUUGCUGGUAUUGAUUCUCUAUUUGGCCUCUUCUUAGUUUUAAAUAAUUUAACAGGUCCAUUACCAUCUCAACUGGGUACUGCAAGAAAUCUUAAUGAAUUGGAUAUUUCAGAAAACAAAUUAUCUGGAGAAAUUCCACGUUCUAUCGAGAAUUGUGUCAUGUUGGAAAACCUCAACAUGGAGGGCAACUUCUUUGAAGGAACUAUUCCUUCUUCUUUCAAGAAGCUAAGAAGUAUUCGAGUCCUCAACCUUGCCCGCAACAAUUUGUCUGGGCAAAUUCCCAAGUUUCUUGGUGAAUUACCUCUUCUUGGUUAUCUCAACCUUUCCGUUAACAUUUUUGAUGGUGAAGUGCCAACUGGAGGAGUUUUCAACAAUGCUAGUGCAUUUUCAGUUGCCGGAAAUGACAAGCUAUGUGGAGGAAUCAAGGCACUGCAAUUGCAUGAAUGCCCAAAACAGAGACAAGAGAAUAGUUUUCCUCGGAGGGUAGUAAUUCUUAUAAGUAGUGUUGCACUUUUCCUUCUCCUGUUGUUGGCAUCUGUCUGUGCUGUUAUACACAGCAAAAAAACAAACAAAAGUGGACCUUCUUUGGUCUCACCAUUAGAGAAGAAAUACCAAAGAGUUUCCUAUUCGGAACUUGCACGUGCUACUGGUGGGUUCUCUUCGACCAACAUAAUUGGGGACGGAAAAUAUGGUACCGUCUACAAAGGUAUACUUGGAUCUGAUUAUCAAGUAGCUGUAAAGGUAUUCAAGCUUCAACAAAGAGGAGCCAACAAUACUUUCAUGGCUGAAAUCAACGCGUUGAGGAAUAUCAGACACCGAAAUCUUGUUAGAAUUGUAAAUUCUUGCUCAACCAUUGAUUUCAAAGGCGAUGACUUCAAAGCUUUGAUCAUGGAGUUUAUGUCAAAUGGGAGUUUGGAGAGCUGGUUACAUGCAAGUUCAACGGAAUCAGAAGAUUUCAAAAAUUUGAGUCUGCUGCAAAGGAUAAACAUAGCGACUGAUGUGGCCCUAGCAUUAGAUUAUCUUCACAACCAAUGUGAAACAACAGUAGUUCAUUGUGAUCUAAAACCGAGCAACAUCCUUCUUGACAAUGACCUUACUGCUCAUGUGGGUGAUUUUGGCCUGGCAAAGAUUCUUUUAGCUGCUCUUGGGGAGUCAUUUUCUACAGAGUCCAGCUCAAUUUGCAUACGAGGAACCAUUGGUUAUGUAGCACCAGAAUACGGAAUGGGAGGAGAGGCUUCAACACAUGGUGAUGUGUAUAGCUAUGGAAUUCUCUUACUGGAGAUGUUCACAGGAAAAAGGCCCAUCGACAGCAUGUUUACAGGGGAAUUUAACUUGCAUAGUUUUGUUAAAGCAGCCCUUCCUGAUCAGGUAAUGGAGAUUAUUGAUCCUCUACUCUCAAAUGAUAUCCAAGAGGAAGCUCAGACAAGGAGAGAUGGUCCAAGAGGCAGCAGAAGCAUCAACAUUGGAAAGGUAAAGGAGUGCUUGGCAUCAAUCCUGCAAGUUGGACUUCGAUGUUCUGCUGAUUUGCCAAGUGAAAGAAUGGAUAUAGGAGAUGUUCCCUCGGAACUGCAUAAAAUUACCAAGAUUCUCUCUAACAGCUAGAGAGAUCUCAAGUGCUGUAAUUUAUGACAAGUGGCAUACUUUGUUUUUGUUUUUUUGGUCAGAAUACUUGAAUGUUGAAUGCAGCAGCUCAUUUUCUUCUAGCAAAAUGAAUGUACUAGACUCUUUUAAGGUUAUGGACCCAGCCUGCCAGUACAUUAUAAUAAAGAUUCAUUAGUAGAAAUCAAA